CAUAUAUACAAUUUUCUCUCUCUGUCAAUAUAUAUACCCAUAUAUCUCAUUCAUUUUUUUGUCAAAAUACUUGGAGCUUGGUCUAUUAUUCUUGUGUGCAUCAUCAAAAAGAAAGAGAUAUAUACUGAAGAAACAUAAUGAAAAUGAGGAGGAAUUGUAACUUGGAACUCCGGCUUGUACCGCCUUCUGCACCUCUCCGUCCGGCGGAUUACAACCACCACCACCGCCUCCAUCACUUCCAACCCACGUUGGAUUUGUUAGGUGGGAGUCCGAAUGAGAGACAACAGGAACAGCCGCUAACGAUUUUCUAUAACGGAAUGGUUAACGUUUCGGAUGUUACAGAGCUUCAGGCUAGAGCCAUCAUGAUGGUUGCAAGUCGAGAAAUGGAGGAAAAACUUAAGAGCCUUCUGGGUCCGGAACCCUCCUCACCAUUGCAACAAUCUCCGUUGUGUAGCCCUAGUACUGGUCUUUCCAUGAAGAGAUCUUUACAACGGUUCCUUCAUAAACGAAAGAAUCGGAUUCAAGCAACAUCUCCUUAUAAUCACUAGUCACUUUUGAGUUAAUUUCAGAGAGUUUUGAUUCAUUGAAGCCUUAAGGAAAUGCUUUUUUAGAGUUUCUUGAUAAAAAUCCUUCAUUCGAAAAUAAUAUCCCAUGUAAAUCAUGUAUUAGCUAGGGCAGGUCUACAUUCAAAUCAUUAAAAGAAAACAAUUUUAUGAUUAGUUUAUUACAUGAGUUGCUUUGCCUAACACUGAUUGUUCAGAUCAUUUGUUACUUUGGAAUUGUCAAGGAAGCUUUUGAUUA